CGUUAGCGUUUGGGUGCGUUUAGGGGAUCGCGUGAAUCACAUGAGCCGUAUGAAAGUAUACUAGAUGUGUAUGUUGUAUAACCAUAGUAAAUGGAUUUUGUGGUUAUAGAGGAAGAAGAUUUGUUGGAAGACGAUAGUAUUUACGUCAACAACAGUGCGAUUGUGUUUCAUAAUAACAGACUAAGCUAUGUGGGGCAAGACUGCUGGAAGAUUCCUCCAGUGCUGGGACAAAUGUAUGGCACAAAAGCUCUGUUCCUGGACCUGAGCUUUAACUGUCUGACUACAUUGCAGGGUGUGGAGAACUUCUCAAACCUGGAGGAACUGGUUCUGGACAAUAACAAACUUUGUGAUUCUAUAUUAGUGCCCUGGCUACCCAACUUACAGAUCCUGUCUCUCAACAAGAACAAUAUCAAAAAUUUGGAUUUGUUGUUGACCAAGAUAGCCCAAAAUUUACCAUCACUUCAUUACCUGAGUCUCUUAGGAAAUGCUGCUUGCCCCAAUCAGCUCUCAGAUGUAGACAAGGAUGAAGAAGAUUAUCAGAGAUACAGGUUUUAUGUGCUUUAUCAACUGCCAGGGUUAAAAUUCUUGGAUUCAAAGAGAGUCAGCUCAGAAGAGCGUAAAGAAGCUCAAUGUAGAGGGAAGUUUAUGAAGAUUGUGCGUCCAGAAAGUUCUCCU